AUGUCCGGCCUCAAUGACUCCCCCAUAGUAAAACGCCUCGCCGUACCGGCAGUAUGCCUCCUCAUCGCCUUCCUCGCCUACUCUUCCCAGAUCCUCUUCUACGUCGCCGACGACUCCCUCCCGCCCGGCCGGCUGUCCAAGACCGAAACCUACAUCUUCAACACGUUGCUGCUAUGUCUGUGGUACACCUACUACAAGGCAUGCACCGUCGACCCCGGCCGGUACACCUUUCCCGACGAGGUCAUCGAGGUCCCGGAGCCAGAUGAAUACGGCCUCCUCCGCCGCUGGUGCAGAAAGUGCUCCGCGCCCAAACCACCGCGGGCGCACCACUGCCGCUCAUGCCGCCGCUGCGUGCCCAGGAUGGACCACCACUGCCCCUGGACCUCGAACUGCGUCUCGAUGCGAACCUUCCCGCACUUCCUCCGCUUCCUCCUCUACACCAACCUCUCCCUCUGGACCCUCGCCCGCCACCUGUACCUCCGCUUCGCCGACCUCUGGGCCCACCGCGCCCUGCCCUCCUACCUCGGCCCCUCCCUCCCCGUCCUCGUCCACCUCACCCUCCUCUCCCUCGUCACCUUCUUCACCUCCCUCGCCCUCUUCAUUCUCUUCUUCUCCACCCUGCGCGGCUGGGUCCUCAACGAGACCAUGAUCGAGGGCUGGGAGCUCGACCGCCACACCGCCCUCUGCGAGCGCACCUCCAAGAACGGCAGCGGCGACUUCUGGUCCGUCACCGGCCCCGACGGCAAGAAGCUCCGCCUCGAAAAGGUCGAGUUCCCCUACGACGUCGGCAUCUUCGACAACCUCGCCCAGACGAUGGGCACGCGCAACGUGCUGCUGUGGUUCUUCCCCUUUGCGGGGAACCCCGAGAUCAGCAAGAGCGGGACGGGGUGCGGGUGGGAGUGGCCCGAGAACGGGAUCAACAGGACGGAGGGCAUGUGGCCGCCGCCGGACCCGGAUAAGAUGCGCAGGGGCCAGGGCGGCUGGCCCGGAGCGGCGAGGGGCGCGGAGGGCGUGCGGGUGCCGCGGUACGCGAGUAAAGAGGAGGAAUUGGAGGCGUUCAAGUCACGGCAGGAGGCGGACAGGAAGAGGUGGGCGGGGGAGAGGUCGAGGCUCAUGGCGGAGCUGGAGGAAGCGAAUUACGAACUCGUCUCAGAGGAGUCUGACGACGGGUAUGAGCAAGGGGCUGACGGCGAGCCGGGGUGGACGAAUACCGAUGGCGAGAGGCUGCAAGACUUUGGGGUGGACGAGGAUGAAGACAUGACGGAUGACGACGACGUCCCUCUCGCCGAGAUCCUGCGUCGGAGGAAGGUCCUGCAAAAGGACGGAGAAGAAUAG